CACACUGACACGUGUGUGAAAGAGCAGCAGGUGGAUUAGACAACCUGGAUUAUAGAUGCACAUUUUUGAAAAUUCUUCUUCAAAGGAAGUUCCUUUUUGCCGUGACAGCCCGAAACUGCGCGGGUGGACAAAAAGAAAGGAAUGCGUAUUUGUGCUGUUUUUUUUGCUGGGGGCUAAAAAGUGGGUCAACACCUGAGAAGGAGCCGAAAAAAGGGAAGCAGAACUCAGACAGUUUUGUCCAACUGAAAGUGCACCAGAGAGGAAGUCUAAAGUAAAAAGAGAAGAAAUGCAGAAUUAUUAAGAAAAUACUUUAAGUUUUUCAGCAACUGAAACCUGGAAUAGUGGAGUAUUCUUUCCUAGUAUUCUUUUUAAAAAAUGUACAUAUUUUAGACCAACUGUGUUUCAUUUUGAAUGGCUGGAUGGAUUGUCUGGUGCUUUCUAACCUUUGAAGAGUUCUUUAUCUUGACAAACUUUCCUCCAUCCCUAAACUGGUUUAGCAGGACAUAUUUAACUAAAUCUACUCUCCUGAUAGAAAUCUUGCAAGCUUACCAACUGUAGCUUUUACUAGAAGAAGCCAGUUGUUCCUUAUUGAAGCUCUGACCAUAGCAGAAGUUUGUGGUCCAUUUUCCUGCUUGUGAUCAGCCGUGAUUCAACCUCAAAAAUAACCCAGCAUCUCUUGACCUCAGAGGCCACCCAUUCCAAGUGAUCUACAGUACUGGAGGGAUCAUUUCUUCCAUUUAUUCACAGGAAAAGGCACCCACUCUGCUGUGACUCCACCAUGGAGAUGCCAGGACCCGAACAUGAUGAUACGUUUGAUUUCUUGUUUAAGUUAAUCCUUAUUGGCGACUCAAACGUGGGGAAAACCUGCGUGGUUCAGAAUUUCAAGUCGGGGAUUUUCUCAGAGAAACAGCAGAACACUAUCGGCGUGGAUUUCACUGUACGGACACUGGACAUCGAGGGGAGGAAGGUGAAGAUGCAGGUGUGGGACACAGCGGGUCAGGAGAGGUUUCGUACGAUCACCCAGAGCUACUACCGCAGUGCUCAUGGUGCCAUGAUCACUUAUGACAUCACACGGCGUGCAACCUUUGACUCAGUGAAACACUGGAUAAAGGAGGUGGAGCUAUAUGGAGCAGCCAAUGUAGUGCUCGUUCUCAUAGGUAAUAAAUGUGACCUGGAGCAGGAACGACAAGUUCAGUUUCAGGAAGCCUGCAGUCUGGCAAAGGAAAGAGGUAUACUAGCUGCACUAGAAACAUCUGCAAAGGGGAGUCAGAAUGUGGACGAAGCCUUCAUGGUGAUGGCCAGAGAACUGCUGUCUCGUAACGGCCUCAACGUGCAGCAUGAGGACUUGGAGAACAAGAACACACCUCGAGUUCUCCUUCGAGCCAACUCUCGGCCGGUCAAUGACACCAUAAGUGCUUAUACACAACCAGAAAAAAAGUCGUGUUGUUGAUACAGACGAGGACAGGACAGGCAAGAUGAAAAAUGACUGAUGGUGGAUGUUGGAAGUGGGUAAGGAUGGGGCUGAAGAACUGAAGAAGAAGGUACAAAAAUGUAUGGAUAUGGAUGAGGGCGAGCACAGCCUCAGGAACACCCAAAAAUCUUUGCAUUGAGGGGAUUUAGGCAGUUUUUGGCAUGUGAAUGGUUAAAAAACAAACCAAAAACAACCAGUGUAGUUUUUUGUGACUUACCUGACCUGAAAAAUAGUUGACCAGGUGUGUUACCUAUUUAGGGAACAUUAGAUCAGUUAUCAGUGUUGUGGGAAAGUUACAGUGAAAUUUUCUCAUUUAUGUCACCCAUACUUUGACUGCUUUUGUCGCCCAUUUAAUGUAAUUGUGUCUCCACAAGAUGCUGUGAGACUGCUCAAAAUGAAUCCAUCCAGUGAUUCAUUUAAAAACUAUCAUGGCUGUUAGUUACAAGAAAUGUCAGUGCCUACUGGAAACGAAUGUUUAAUCAGAGAAACACAAAUAAGUCCCAAAUCUGUUUCUUUAGUUCUUUUUUGUUGUUGAAAUGUUGUCUUUGUACUGUACUCUAAGAGAUUGUUUCUGAAAAGCCAGUAAAAGAUGACUAUCAGGUGUUAUUAAAUGUUACGAAACGACUGAGUAUUUCACCCGGGAGCUGUGAUCCUCUGCUGCUGCACUCUGGGUGAAAAAGUCCUGAGGAGGAAUUACUGUCAGUCCAAACACUGUGAAUUAAAUAGCUUUCUAACCCCUCCCUUUUUUUCUUUUAAGAGUUACAUGCUCAUAAAUAUCAGUGACAGGUUAUUGAUGUGUUCUAAUGGUUGCAGAACAUAUGACAUUGGCUUCAAUGCACCAUAGCCUGCUGUCUGCAAGUAUAUGAAAUUUUAUUGAAGGAUUUUUCUUCAAGAUAUGUCCUCGCCUUCAUGUCUUAAUAGUGAAGACCUGGGCUGACAGAUACUGGAUGGAUGCCUUACCAUAUUAUGCAACUCCCUCCCUGUGAACACAAGAUGGCGCUGUGCUGUUACGUAUUGUAUAUAAGUGUUGGGUGAAUGCUCAUUGCCUUAAAGACCAAGGUAAUUUAAAACAUCUGUUAGUGGACUAAGAAACAAUUAACUCAGUUUAUAUGAAAUCCAGGAGACCAGGGGAAAAAAGUCUCAUUAGCUUAAACGCUAAUGCCAAGACUACUUCCUCUAAACUAAACUGACAGGGUCAAAUCCAGGAACCAAUCUCUCUUUGUGCCUAAUGCCAAGUUGGCAGACUGUACUGAACCACCAGCCUUGAAGUCAUGUAACAGAUGCCACGCUGAUUGUUGCCGUCUGACCGUAAAUAUGCAUCAGUGUUUGUCUAUUUGGUUAUUUGGUGCUUAAAACAUCUGGAACACGAGGGAACUGUGCAGGUGUAGUCUGGCCCUUUAUCGGUAAAAUUGUGCUGCAUCCUGAAAAGCAACAAAUGAUUAAUACAUGCAACUUUUUUUUAUCUUCUUGAUCCAUUCUGUGAUUUAUUCCUUCUCUGACACCAGGAAAAUUAUUAAUUAUUGCUUGGAUUAUAAUUUCUGUGCAUGCACCCUGGUUUAAAAGCAAGUCUUGCUUGCUCUCAUUUCCUUUUAGUCAGCUUUGCCUGAUUCAGUAACUUAAUCUUUGUCAUCUGUAAUGUAAUGGAAUGUUAUUUCAUUAAGUCUUAACUGCCUGUGCUGUUUGUUCUAGACUAAUGUUUGUAUUGAAUACAGUACUGGGCAAAAGUCUUGAACCACUGAUCACUUUUCUUCCAAGGAGCCCGACUUUAAGUGGUCUUAAGCAACAGUUCUCCAGGCUUUCUGAAGGUCUUUCAAAGUUUAUCUUUGGGCAUCGGCUGCUUUUUCACUUAUUUACAUUUUUUUUUUUUAAUAAUAAGCCACUUAACACUGACCCACGAAUGAUUCAAGCAUAAAAAAGGCACCUAACUCAAGGGAUGACAGAUAUCUUAGCAAAGAAUAAAUUUUAAAUUACAUACCUUUAGGCAUUUUGUUAUGUGUUAUAUGUACAUGUUUUUGUAUCAUCAAGGUGUUUCCCAAUGAACUGUUAGCAGGAAACCAGCACAAGCAGAGAAAAAAAAGUAGAAUUGUCAGGCCUAAAAAACUAACUACAGCAGAUGAACAGUAUCUGAACUUUAUGUUCUUAGGAAAUAGACCUGACACAGAACCCAAGAGAUUCGUCUGACCCUUCAGUUGAUCCAUCUACUGCUUACCGAAUCCUCAUCAGAAAUGUCUCAGUGGAAGGGUGUUCGUCAAGAAGCCAUUCUUAAGAAAAAGAAACAAAGGGAAAUGGUAUGCCAAAUUACACAAGAAUCUGACUGGAAAUGAGUGUCAACAGGUCUUAUGUAGUCAUGAAUCCAAAAUGUAAAUUUUUGGAUCAAAUCAUCAUCAAUAUGUACAGAAGAGGUCAGGAAAGAGGUACAAAAUUGUCUACAGCCAUCUGUAAAACACAAUGGAGCCUCUGUCAUGGUUUGGAGUUGCAUUUCAGCCAGUGAUGCUGGGAACCUUGUCAAAAUUGAUGGAAUCAUGAAUGCAAAAAAAAAAGUACUAUCAACUUUUGGCCCACCAUUCAACACCAUCUGGAACAAAAGUCAGCCAACAUCCAAAGAAGAGCUUUGAAUGUCCUUCAAGAAGCCUGGAGAACUAUUCCUGAAGACUAAAGAAAUGACAAGAAAGCUGCCAAAGAGAGUUCAGGAUGUGCUGAAGAAUAAAGGUGGUCAUACCAAAUAUUCAAGCUUGUUAGAACUGUAUAAACUCUAUUUUUGACCUAUAUUCAGUAAAUUGCUGCAUCUAUUUCACAUUUUCCUAUUAAUGAAGGAUGAUUCAAGACUUUCUCACAUUGUUUUGUUUUGCAUUAUAUGAUACCUGUUCCAUUUCCUUCCAUUUGACCCUGUUUUUGCUUUCUUUGUUCUCUAAUUCAGCUGUUUUAUGUUUUAUAGUCUUUUAAUGUCUAAUUUAACAUCUGGCCUAGGAACAGCAACUGAAAAUGAGCCACUUGGCAAAAAAAUAGCCCAUUUAUACUAAUGGUGAUUAAUGUGCUUUAUCCUUGAAAAAAAAAUAACAUCAAAUUGUAUUAGGUUCGUCU